AUGUCUUCCAGAUUUUAUAGAUAUUCCAACAUUGGCCAGCUUCUAGAUGUAUCAAGCCUACCAAUGAUAUCCAAGCGCACCUUUCUCAAAACCUCUCUCAAGUUGACGUGUAUUCACGAUUGCGUACCUAAGUGUCUCAUGCUUAGAGACUUCAAAAAGACGGAAGAUUAUCCGUUGGCCCUGGGACAUUUUGGCGAGCUGUGGAAAGGAGAGGUCGAGGGAAUGGAAGUGGCUGUCAAACGAGCGAGGAUAUUCACAAGUGACAGUAAUAAAAAAGUCCUGCAGCAGUGCGAUCAUCCCAAUGUUCUACCUUUCUACGGCAUAUAUCGCGAUUCUGCUCCUUCUACCUAUUGUCUCGUGUCACCAUUCAUGGUCAACGGAUCUCUUCGUCAAUAUAUGACCAAAACUGAUGAUCCUGAUCGACACAAACUCAUAAGAACUGACCGUUUUCUCAUUUAUAUCAAUAUUCUGAUAAAUAAGCAGGCUCUAGACAUUACGCGUGGUAUGGAUUACCUGCACACGCUGUCCAUCGUUCAUGGCGACCUCAAAGGGGAUAACGUAUUAAUCACCGGUGACGGUAGAGCAGUUAUCGCUGACUUUGGUAUAUCUUUUGUGAUGGGUGUCACAACUUUUGCGACGUCGUCGUCGUCGUCGCGCAGGGGUGGUACUGUAAGAUGGCAAGCACCAGAAGUCCUCAACGGUAGUCCGAAUAGCUUUCCAGCUGAUGUAUAUUCACUUGCGUGUGUAUAUUUUGAGGUACGUGUUUUCAGGCGAGCCGCUUUUAAUGAAUUGUGCUUUCUAACUAUGUCUAAGGUGUUUGAUGGGUCAAUACCUUGGAGCGGCCUCAGUGAUGGCGCGGUUGUCAUGCAUGUCACUAUCCACAAGAGGUGUCCUCCAUAUCCUAAGCACCUGGGGUCAACCGGGCAUGCUGAGUUGUGGUGGGAAGUCAUGACUAAGUGUUGGGCUCACGAACCUCAGGAUCGGCCGACUCUUCUACGUGUCAUGGCGUCUCUGCACGGGACAGAUAAUAUGCCAAUGGCAGAGUCGAAAUGGGAUAGAUCUGUCCCAGCACUUCAUAAUCGUUCGUUAGCCCAGGGGAAGUUAGUCAUUCCUUUGGGCCUCCCUCAGUUGUUUAAACUUUAGGGUCUUGCCGUUGUCUGAAAUCCUAUCGUGACGCUUCUGUAAGUUCUGUUUACAACUGAACGGAUUCACGCACCAUUUCUAUCUGUUGGAAUUCUCUUUGCACUGUGGAUUAUCCUAUUGGGGACGAAGAAAAAUACAAGCAUCGGGCGCGGAAGGAGUUUAUGAAAGCUUUCACUAGUCUGGAUGCCAUAGCUCUCAACUUAAGGUACCCAGUUAUAAUCGCAUCGAUUAGAAUUUCGUUCCGGAUAAAUACAUAUGUUAUAUAGACUUGAGCGUAGGUUGACCGGACCACUCAAGUCACUACUGUACCAUUACAAACCGC